AUGAGCGCACUCAUUCAGUUGCGUGAUUCAACAGGUGAAUUCAUACAAGCUCGCGCUUUACUUGACACUUGUGCAACAGCUAAUUUCAUUACUGAAAAAUUGACUAACAAAUUAAAAUUGCCAAUGCAAAAUUGUUCUAUUCCAAUCGGGGCUGUUAACGAAAUGCAAACCUUUUCAAAACAUAUCGUACAAAUAAAUUGUAAAUCUUUAAAUGGUAAAUUUCAAAGAUCAUUGUCAUUUCUAACUGUUAACGAAAUUGCAGAACUGAGUCCAAAUGAAAUCUUUCCGCGUGAUAAAAUAAGCAUACCUAAAAAGAUAAUACUUGCUGAUCCGCAAUUUCAUAUACCAAGACCCGUAGAUGUCCUUAUCGGUUCAGGUACCACACUUUCUCUUCUAUCUGUCGGACAGAUUAACUGCUCACAAACUGAUUGUGAUUUAAUAUUACAAAAAACGCAACUAGGAUGGGUCGUAGCGGGAGGAGUCAACGACGAUAAAAAUAUACUUGCUGUAACUUGUCAAUUAACUGAUCUGUCAAGUCAAUUAACAAAAUUCUGGACUAUUGAAGACGUAGGUUCUAAUGAUUCCCGAUCUUUUGAUGAUUCUACAUGUGAGACUCAUUAUCAAAACACUACUACUCGCGAUACAGACGGUCGAUAUGUAGUAAAAUUACCUUUUCGCGUAGACGAUGUCGAUUUCGGGAAUUCCAAACAACAAGCUUAUGAAAGAUUUCUGUCCUUACAGAAGAGAUUAAAUGCAGACUCAUCAUUAAAAUCUGAAUACAAUAAAGUCAUGAAUGAAUACAUCAAUCUUGGCCACAUGGUACUCGUACCGGAUGAUAGUGGACCAGGGUAUUAUAUGCCCCAUCAUCUGAUAAUAAAAACAACCAGCACUACCACUAAGGUACGCGUUGUAUUUGAUGCUUCAGCUAAAACCGAUAAAGGUAUCUCUUUGAAUGAAGUCUUACUAACCGGACCUACUAUACAAGAUAAUCUUUUUACCAUUCUCUUACGUUUUCGUACCUUUGUUUAUGCUAUGACUUCUGAUAUAGCUCAAAUGUAUCGACAAAUUUGUGUACAUCCGGAUCAUCAUAAAUAUCAACGAAUCCUUUACUAUCAUAAUAACAAUAUUAGUAGCUUUGAACUUAAACGAGUAACAUUUGGAGUUUCUGCAGCCCCGUUUUUAGCUAUACGCACUGUAAAUCAACUUGCUGAUGACGAAUCUCAUAAUUUUCCUGUAGCUUCGAAAAUAUUAAAACGAGAUCUUUAUGUCGAUAACUUAUUAACCGGAUCUAAUUCUUUGACCGAAAUUUUAAAUUUGCGUGAUGAAAUCAUUCAACUAGUGCGAAAGGGUGGAUUCGAACUCAGACAAUGGGCUUCGAAUCAUCGACACGCACUGGAUAAUUUCGAUCAAAGAACCUUAGAUUUAGAUUGUGCUAUUAAUGAUGAUCCUAUCUCUAAAACUUUGGGCAUAGCAUGGAAUUCUCUAACUGACGAAUUUAUCUAUACAGUCAAUUCAAUCGAUUCAUCGCGAAAAGUAACUAAACGAACCAUCUUAUCUGACAUUGCAAAAAUUUUCGAUCCUAUCGGAAUUCUAGGUCCUAUAGUAUGA